UGUACUGCAAAUUCCACCCAAAAUAUGAAACUUGCGAUCGAAUUUGCCUAAUGGUGAAGUGAUAGCUCCGGUGUUUCUAAGACCACGACCCGUCUAUACAGCGAGCGCUGUGCAAUCCUUCGGGCACGCCAUGGUGCCGUUUCAUUUGAAGUUGCCUCCUUUUAAAUGCAGCAUCUCGGACAAGCACUCACGGUUUGAGAUUCGGAAAAGGAUUGGACUUUCUGCGACGUACGGCUACACAGGUGGCAGAAACCGCCCUCGCUUGCAGUGUGUUGGUGUCUUCAUGUGGCGAUCGUGGUGGUCGCUGGCAUAUCUUCACCCCGAUUUCGCAAAUGUGUCGCCGAAGGACACGAAGGACAACCCCUCUGGAUCGCAAGCCAACGCUGAUGCUUGUUUUGAGACAACGAGUUGCAGUUAACUAGACCGCUGAUGUUUUUCCCUUGAUAACUGCAAACUCGAAAAUCACUUUGUCGCUCUGAAGAAGCCUGUAGUCGUCGCUGUCCAGGAAGUCCAAGGCUUAACAUCAUCGAUGCCUCGGCGACCAAAAACUGCGGCCGCACUGGCUGUGAGCGCAUGCUCGGUCGAAGAUGGUAGCAAACUUAGCAGUCUAACCCGCCUUCCACCGCCAAACGAAGACAGCCACCGCGGCUGCGACAGCAGAUCGACUGCCCAAGGCGAGGCCCUGGAAAACAGACAAGUCGAAAUGCCAAUCGAGAUCUGCCCUCCUCACUUGUGGGGGUUGAAGCGAGGUCGGGGAGAGGUCCCUGUCCAUGGUGCAGUGCUCAAGGUGGUGGAUGGGGUUCAAGUUUCCAAGCGGAGAUCUAUUUCCCGAAAUCAUGUGGCCUCGUCAGUGCGUAUCGCAAAGCAUGAGCAAGAAGCUGAGGCUUCCCCCGUCGUUGUGGACGGCGUGUAUCACCAUGUGACUCGCCAGGACGCAAAACCAUCUCAAAUCAGCCGGGCGGACCAGUCCACCGGCGAAACAGACACUGUUUGGACAGGAGGCAAGGAGGAGGCGCGUGCGGUAGAUCCCCAAAGCAAGCGUCCUGGCACCGUAGGAGACGGCAGAGAAACAUUACGGUUUGGACCUGGCACAUUGGUUCAACCCUGGCGUCCAGUCUGUGCCUCUCCAGAAAGCCAAGAGUCUAGUGAGUCCUGUCAGGGAGAGAAAUCGGAACAGAGAGCAGCUGCGUUUCCGACCACUCCAGUCUCGCGCUUAGUGUCGCCGCAAAGCGCCUUCCCAGCUGUAACGACUCUCGCCGAUGAAUGUUACUUCACUUCCGGUGGCGAGGAGACGUUGGCGGACCACUGUUGCACUUCUCAGCUUUUUGUCACCCCCCAGUGGUCCGAUAAUAGCCAAGAGCUAAGUCACCCUUCUCCACCAGAGGCGGCUGCUGAAACGCAGAAGUCGAUAUACAACCUCGACAGCCACAUGUGCGCAGUGACAGCUGAUGAGACCCACGCGUCGCCGUGGGUCUCUCCUCGGGAUGCCAUGAUUUCACCGACAAUCACGGGAGACGAUGAUGUGACGGCAGCCGUUGACGCGGCAAGGGCUGCGACGGCCGCCCUUUUGUCUGACUUGCACACUGGUCUUACUCCUCGUUCUUCCGCUUCUGCUUGUGGAGUGGACAUGGAGCCGGUCACCGGAAACUGCAUGCCGGGCGCAUCUCCCGUCCAUGGUUCCUCGUUUGCCUCUGGUAUGUCGUGUUCCAUGGUCUCUCGGAAGGCUAGAAAGGGAGGUAACAAGAAGGGCGACAUCUCUAUGGCGGCAGCGGCCGGUCCUCUGUUCGUAUGUGGCGUCGCUGGUGGAAAGAGUGCAUGCAGCGAGAUGUACUACCUACGGAACGCAGCGUUUUGUAGUCACCCGGUCAACCGUCUGUCCACUGGAAGCACAAGUAGUGUUGACAGUAUCGCGUCAGAGGGGUGUCCGUGUCGGGUGCGGGGGUGCGUUCACGGCCAGCACUGUGCGGGGCGGUUCGGGGACUUCGAUGAGCACAAUCAGUAUCCGAUCGUGCUGCAGCAGUCGUAUCUCGCGUCCGCAGUUGCAGCUGGAGAGGCGAACUGCGUUCGGUCCCGCAUGUCCCUGCGAAGGAAGAACGGGAAAGAGGAGCAAAAGCCAAAAGCGUCUCCAGUGUGCCAAAAGGGGGGACGAGGCGCAGGGACGCAUCACGGGAACAAAGCGACAAUGCAGAGCUUCCUAGCCGAGACUCCAAAACCUGGAAGUGGCACGCGCUGCCGACCGGGCCGCCGCAGUAUAGCGGCGAAGCCAAGAGGAGACGAAGAUUCCCGGGGGAUAUCCGGGAAACUGGCGAGCGCCAAAAACCAAAAGGCGCAGCAGGAACGCCGGAUAAUCGUGGAGCGGAUCCUAAUGACAGCGGAAGAAGAAAAAAUAUCCCAGUGGUGGCGGGAUAACGAAGCAGGUGACAAGCUGGAAGGCGAGGAAAGUGAAGAGGAAGACGACUACUUCUGAGUCGAGUUAUCGUGUGCGGGAAAAUUGCUGUACAGCUCUUUCUUCUUGCACACCGUUCAGUGCAUGUAUGUAUUCUGUCAGGGAGUUCCUGGCUGUCGAGACCAAGCGCGGAAAGACUUGAGAGCAAGUGGCUUCCACAGCUGUCCAACGGAAGCACUGAGGCAGGCAGUUCAACGUAGAACAGUUUCGACGGGAUAUUCGAACAUAGCUGCUGGCAUGUAAGCGUUAUUUGUUUCACCAAAUCACGGUAAUCCUCUAAAUUCAUGUGUCUCUUUUCUUAUUUGACGCCAUAUUUUGGCAGAGAGCAUAUCACAGCCCAUAGGGGUGUUUCUUCCUCUACCAUGUCGGUUUGAUCGGAACAGUUUGACAAAUCGAUAUAAAAAUCACAUAUACACGUUGUGCAUUUCCAGAGUGUUAUAAUUCAUCCCUUUUUUGUAGAAAGCGCGCCGCGUAUUUUCAGUGCAAACCCUUAUUUCCGUAUCGUAUGAGCUGAGUUUCUACCAUCAAAACAUCCCAUUACAGAUGUAAGUCGUCGGAGGCAGCGGCGCCGUUUCCAUCUUAGCGGCUUCCUUGAACGGGAUUUUUUGUGUGGGGCAAGUUUUCAAAAACAAUGUAGUGUGUUGUCGCCUCACUUCCGGAUCUUGACGUCUUUGACUUGUUUACAAGCGAUGCCUUGAGUUUAGGCGGGUGGACAGAAACACUGACGCACACGCGUUUGAAAAGUUUUCGAGAUUCG